CACGGCGGGCGAGGCCGGGCCGGACCUGCGGGAGACGAGGGCACCGGGAGACCGAAGGCGCACAGGACUCGCCUGGGUCCCAGCGCGCGGCCCACCGCCGGCUCCCGCCUCCACUCUUGGCCGACAUGGUCUGCUUGUUGGGGUUUCCUGGGGCUGAACUCUGUAAACCAGCGAGCCCCGGCUAUGAGUCAUCGUCCUGAGCUUGCUCAUUUGUCGUCACUGGUGUGCCUUGGAUGCAGCCUUCCCCCGCUUUCUUCACGGUGAAUAGGAAAAGGGAAGGAGGCAGCCCGUAGUGGGUUUCACAGGUCUCAGUGCUUCGUGGCUCCUCUUCUAGAAAAGCGCAUCAGGGAGAGAGAGAGGCAUUGGAGAAGAUGAGGAUGCCAUGAGGAAGGCUGGUGUGGCCCACAGUAAAUCCAGCAAAGACAUGGAGAGCCAUGUGUUCCUGAAGGCCAAGACGCGGGACGAAUACCUCUCUCUUGUGGCCAGGCUCAUUAUUCACUUUCGAGACAUUCAUAACAAGAAAUCUCAAGCUUCUGUGGGCGAUCCUAUGAAUGCCCUGCAGAACCUGACUGGCACCCCUGCCGCAGGAGCCACUGGAAUCAGCAUGGCUGCUCGAGGCCCGGGGCAGUCCAUGGGCGGGAUGGGCAGCCUGGGCGCCAUGGGGCAGCCACCUCCAGGAACCUCCGGGAUAACCCCACAUGGCAUGGCUGUGGUGUCUACAGCAACUCCGCAGACCCAGCUGCAGCUCCAGCAGGUGGCGCUGCAGCAGCAGCAGCAGCAGUUCCAGCAGCAGCAGGCGGCGCUGCAGCAGCAGCAGCAGCAGUUCCAGGCGCAGCAGAGCGCCAUGCAGCAGCAGUUCCAGGCGGCGGUGCAGCAGCAGCAGCAGCAGCUCCAGCAGCAGCAGCAGCAGCAGCAGCAGCAGCAGCAGCACCUGAUCAAGCUGCACCAUCAGAACCAGCAGCAGAUACAGCAGCAGCAGCAGCAGCAGCUGCAGCGGAUGGCACAGCUGCAACUACAGCAGCAGCAGCAGCAGCAGGCUCUGCAGGCCCCCCCAAUGCAGCAGUCACCAAUGCAGCAGCCGCAGCCUCCGUCCGCCCAGGCGCUACCGCAGCAGCUGCAGCAGAUGCAUCACCCGCAGCACCACCAGCCGCCGCCGCCGCCACCCCAGCAGCCGCCAGUUGCUCAGAACCAACCACUGCAGCUGCCGCCACAGUCUGUGCCAUCCCAGGCGCCAGCCCUGUCGGGACAGAUGCUGUACACGCAGCAGCAGCUGAAACUUGUCCGAGCGCCGAUGGUGGUACAGCAGCCACAGGUACAGCCGCAGGUGCAGCCGCAGGUACAGCAGCAGACAACAGUACAGACACCUCAAGCCACCCAGAUGGUAGCUUCCGGAGUCCAGAUGAUCACCGCAGCCAUGGCCCAAGGCGGGAUGCAAGUAAGAGCCCGGUUCCCGCCCUCCACCGCUGUGUCGGCCGCACCACCAGGCGCCCUUCCCACGGGCGGACAGCCCCCGGCUCAGGUCAGCCAGAGCAGCCUCCCCAUGCUGUCCUCGCCAUCACCGGGCCAGCAGGUGCCAACCCCCCAGUCAAUGCCCCCACCUCCCCAGCCGUCUCCACAGCCCGGCCAGCCCAGCUCACAGCCCAACUCCAACGUCAGCUCCGGCCCUGCCCCAUCUCCCAGUAGCUUCCUGCCUAGCCCCUCACCUCAGCCUUCUCAGAGCCCAGUCACUGCACGCACCCCUCAGAACUUCAGCGUCCCUUCACCUGGACCUCUGAACACCCCAGUGAACCCCAGCUCGGUCAUGAGUCCCGCCGGCUCCAGCCAGGCCGAGGAACAGCAGUACCUAGACAAGCUGAAGCAGCUGUCCAAGUACAUCGAGCCCCUGCGCCGCAUGAUCAACAAGAUCGACAAGAAUGAAGACAGAAAAAAGGACCUGAGUAAGAUGAAGAGUCUUCUGGACAUCCUGACAGACCCCUCCAAGCGGUGUCCCCUGAAAACUCUGCAAAAGUGUGAGAUCGCCCUGGAGAAGCUCAAGAAUGACAUGGCCGUGCCCACACCCCCGCCACCCCCAGUGCCGCCAACCAAGCAGCAGUACUUGUGCCAGCCCCUCCUGGACGCUGUCCUGGCAAACAUCCGUUCACCUGUCUUCAACCACUCCCUGUACCGCACGUUCAUGCCACCCAUGGCGGCCAUCCAUGGACCACCCAUCACGGUCCCUGCGGUAUGCACCCGGAAGCGUAAAUUUGAGGAGGACGAGCGACAGAGCAUCCCCAAUGUGCUCCAGGGGGAGGUGGCCCGAUUGGACUCCAAGUUCCUGGUGAACUUGGACCCAUCUCACUGCAGCAACAAUGGCACUGUUCACUUGAUCUGCAAGUUGGCCUCAUGUGUUAUAGACGACAAGGACCUCCCGAGCGUGCCACCGCUGGAGCUCAGCGUACCCGCCGACUACCCUGCCCAGAGCCCGCUCUGGGUCGACCAGCAGUGGCAGUAUGACGCCAACCCCUUCCUGCAGUCGGUGCACCGGUGCAUGACCUCACGGCUGCUGCAGCUCCCUGACAAGCACUCAGUCACGGCCCUGCUCAACACCUGGGCACAGAGCGUCCACCAGGCCUGCCUCUCGGACGCGUAGCAACACCCUGCUGGAGACGCGGCCUUGUGUUGGACGUUUCUAGGUGUUGUUGGUUCCUCAGAAAGCCUGGGUUGAGUUAGCUUUCCUGCUUUUAUCUUCUGCCUUGGGACCUGCCAGACCUUCUCCCACACUCGGACAGUCCUUGGACAGGUGGCUGUGGAGCUGACUGAACCAGGGAGGGCUGGCUGUCUUCCUAAAGAAGGCUCUCCACAUAGACUUCGUCUGGGGUCCAGCACUCCUCGCACCCACCACACCCUACGCUGCCCCUCCUGCGCUCAGCUGGCACGCACCCCGGUCCUCACCAGUGCUAUAUCCACUCAGCGCAUGAGCGCAGAACUCAGGAUCUCGUUUGAAUGUUGUGUGCAUCCUAGGAUACGGUUCCACCUGCUUCUACAGGAGAACACGGAGAGCAUAGGAAACCCUUAACACACACGGAGUUCUCUGCUCAAAGCUCUGCAUUUAGACCGACAACAUCGGAUAUGGGAUGUGGGACACAUCACAGGGGCAGUGAGGAUCCUGGGGCUAGGCUCCACCUUGGAGGAAAGGCCUGUCCUCACCUCUGGGCACUCCCCUCCACACCACCGUCCCCACACAUCCCUGUCCAGGCGUCAAGGCCCAGCUGUGAAGGAUGGAGCGUGACCAGCCUGGCAACCAUGACACAGCCGCCCACCAGAGCCUGUUCCAGGAUGAAGCCAUGCUGGGGCUGGGCGGGCGCUGUGCUCUGGACCCGCCCCAGAUCUGCACACCGUUUCCGUGUACCGCCUCCACGUGCUGCCGGGCCACCCUGGGUGUUGGCCAGCCAGCCGGCCUCAGGACAAGAGUCCUUUUGUAUGUGCACUAUUAUGUCAUCUGUGGUUCUUAUAAUAAAUUUAUUACUCCUGUG